CGUGGGUUGGUUUGUGGGGAAAAGCGCUAGCCUGUUCUCGGAGCCAAUACCAUCGCUCCCAGGGGGCUGGGCCUAGGUCUCAUUGGCGGACUAAGUGCCGGGCGCGCGCCUUUCGUCCUUCCGCCGGGACGCUCGUCGGACAUCCCCGUUAUCUGCGCGCCAUGGAGCCGGGACCUAUUGCGCGUUUCGGACCUCGACUGGGCAUCACAGACCCUGCUGUCCUAAGGAAAGCUGAGGAGUACCUUCGACUGUCCCAAGUAAAGUGCAGUGGAUUGUCUGCUCAUACAACAGAAACAAGUAAUGCAGUCAUGUGUCUGGAUCUUGCAGCUACCAAUAGGAGAUGGCCUUUAGACAGAACUUAUUUAGUUAAACUUUCUGGCUUGAACAAAAAGACGUAUCAAAGCUGUCUUAAGUCUUUUGAGUGUUUGCUGGGCCUGAAUUCAAAUCUUGGAAUAAAAGACUUAGCUAUACAAUUUAACUGCAUGGAGGCAGUAAACAUAGCUUCAAAGAUACUUCAGAGGUAUGAAGCCAGUCUUCCCCAGAUUCAGAAAGUAGAUCUAGACCUGUCCAAACCUCUUUUCACUACAGCUGCACUGUUUUCAGCAUGCAGGGUCCUAAAGCUAAAAGUAAAUAAAGACAAAAUGGUGACCACAUCUGGUGUAAAGAAAGCUGUAUUUGAUCGACUCUGUAAACAGUUAGAAAAGUUUGAAGAGCAAGUUAAGGGAGAACCUAAUAGUUCAGUUUCUCCACCAAUGAAAAGACAGAAGAUUACAGUUGAAAAUUCUAAGAAAGAAAAAGAGGAUAAAGCUGAAUCUCCUUGUAAGCAGCAGAAAAGUGAAGAUUUAAAACAAGAUUAUGAAGAGUGGAAAAGAAAAAUUUUAGAAAAUGCUGCUAAAGCACAAAAGAAGUGAUUUCAUUUUCUGGAUAGCACCUGCCACCAACCAUGACUCUUUACUUCCCAUUGAGUCUUGAUGGAUUGUUAGCAUCUGCUUUUGAGCAAGAAUUCUGAAAGUACCAUGCUUUGCCUCAGUGUGCUCGGGGCUCUUUAUGGGCAGUCAAGGAAAACCAUUUCACCUCCAUUCCAAGUUUCCAUAUUUUGGUGAGGUUACUUGAAAAAAGGCAGCCUAGAAGUCACAUCUAAGGUAGUGAGACCUGGCUCCUGACCUUGGAAAUAAGCUUGACACAAUCAAUCAUGGUGUCAUUUGGCAUAUUUCUUCUUCCCUACCAGGUUGGUAUGCUCUCUUCCAAAGGAAUCUAAGGAAAUUUAAGGCUCUAGUUUGUACUUUUAAUAAUUAAACACUGAUUACUUAUUUUAAAGCAAUACAAAUAGUUUUUCAUACUUUUAGUUAUUUUUGCAGUUUUUUAGAAUCAGAAUCUUUCCGUUUAAAGUACUGUAACUUUAAGAUAGUUUCGUUUCAGUGUCCAUCCUAUCUUAACUUUUUGUUUAAAGAACAUGCUUUUGCUCAGAAUAAUUUUCCUUUUAGACAAAAAAAAUAAAGUUUUUAACACCUAGUCUAGUAGGAUAUCUAGAAAGAAAACCCAAGUUUUCUGUAUUGCUCUAGCUUCUAUACCACUAGUAAUUUUAAGAAGGUCUUGCGAUGGACUACAAAUGAGGACACAGUUGCAAAAUCAAGAAUUUAACCAAAAUUUAUUUGUGCUUAAGCUUCAGAUAUUUACAAACUUGAGAGAUUAAAAACAAACCUAUGGAACUUAGCCUUCAUAGAAGGUGAAAAGUUGCCAGGAGGUCUGGGAAGUGGUACCAGAUAGAAAUUUAGUUUGGUUACCUUCUAAUUACAUGCAUUCAAAGAGUAAAACACAAAACUGCUGUAUCCAAUUUCUGAAAUUCUACUUUAUUACUAGACACGUUAGGGUGGGUAUGUGGAUGGUUGGUUUGCUCUAGACCUGUGAUUUUAUGGCUUAUGAACUCUUGAUAUAGAAGCUCCCAUUCCCUAAAACAGAUGAUCCACUCAUUGUAGCCCUGAAAAGUUAAGGGAUUUGUCCACAGUCACAAAUGCAAGGAUGUGUCGGUCAGAAUUUGAACCAAGUCUUCCAACAUCCAAGCCCCACAUUCUAUUACGCUAUGUCCCCUUGGGGACACUCUAGUUUUGCAAAAUAGCCUGCAUCAACUAAAAGCACUUUAAAGAAUUUUAGAUUUUUAAAAAAUCACAAAGAGCAUUUGAGCAGGACAAGGUUAGUAAUAUAAGACAAAAAUAUUAACUCUACAGCUGAUGACAUGAUUAUCCUUGUACCUACAAGUGAAAUUUAUAAAAUUAGUUUCCUAAAAAUACUAAUGGUUAUGCUCAAGCUGAGAAAAGCAAUUCCCUGCGUUAAGGAAGGAAAGUCCUUUAGCAGGCAAAAGCACCAGCAUCUGCAGGCAGUAAAAUACUUGCUUUCCUACUUAGACUUGAAAGGGAAACAACUGAUAGGAAUAAAAAGAUACCAACAAAGACCUGACAUUUAUUCUAUUAAUGCUCAUUAUCUAUCCUCAAGGCAGUUUUGUGUUUCUGGGCUUGGGUUGUUUUAUUUAUUUUUUUACUUUAAUGAAACACCUUUAAAAAUAGGCAUGAACUUUUCUUAGAAUAAAGUUAUAGUGUUAUUGAUCUGAAAUGCAUGAAAGAUUCUUCUCUUUUAAAUGGGGCUUAGAUUUGCUUUGCAUUCUUAAUUUUGGUUAUGACCUUACUAUUCCCAUGUAGAAAAUUUCCUGUUCAAAAUAGUACGGUUCUAGUCAAGUUGCUAGAAAAUCCAAAACCCCCAAAAUUUGUUUAUGAUAUGUGAUGAGAAAUGAGGACUGUUCUAAAGCUUUGAGUUAGAAAAAUAAAAGGAAAUUACAGGCUUGAUCAAGAUAGGCCCUUAAAGUGUCAUUUCAGUGAUGUAAGGAAUUGCCAGAAAUUCCUCUACCAAUGCAUGUUGGCAGCCUUUCUGCAUCUUGAGUCUAAUAUGGUUGCCAAGAGCUGUGAAAGGUUAAAUGAUUUGCUCAGAGUUCAGCCAAUAUGUUAGAGGCAGGACUGGAAACCAGGUCCUCUUGGCCCAAGGCUGGCUCUCAUUUGCAAGACAACCGAUUCCAUUGUUGAAAAAUUAUUCAUUUAUACUGAUCCAAAAUCUACCCUAUUGGCUCUACCUUUAUUAUAGUUUAGCCAAUCCUGUCUUAUUUUAUUGACAGCUCUUUAGUAGCUAGAGGCUAUACUAUAGGUUUAGUCUUACAAGUUUGGGAGAGAGUUCCUGAGAAGUUACCUCUAAUUAUCCAAAAUGGUUGCUGAGCUCAGAUUUAGGAUGGUAUGGCAAAAAUUGAGUUAAAAUCCAUUUAGAUCACUUACUGUUUAUCUCUCUCCCUCUGUCUCCCUCUCCUUCCCUCCCUCCAUAUGUGUGUAUGUUAAAUUCUAAGCAUAUAAAGAACUGUAUCAGAA